AUGACGACGUUUACGCCCGCCACCGACUCCUCGCACUGGAUUGCGUACCAGUUCCUCGUUGGUUUUGGCCUCGGCCUUGGAAUGCAAACUGCUAGCCUGGCUGCGCAGACAACCCUGCCAAAGGAGGACAUCCCCACAGGUGUCUCGAUAACCUUCUUUGCGCAGCAGCUAGGCGGUGCAAUAUUCGUCUCCGUCGGACAAACUAUCCUGAGCGGCCUCCUCGUGGACAAGCUUGCUCACCUGCCUGGGCUAGACCCUGAGGUCAUUGUUCGAACUGGCGCCACCGACCUGCACCGUGUCGUCUCCGCCCGUUACUUGCCGGUUGUUGUAAGCGCAUACAACCAUGCGUGCACCAGAAUAUUCUUUGCCGCCCUCGCUCUGGCCUUUGCCCAGCUGCUCUGCGCGUGCUGCGUGGAGUGGCGGAGCAUCAAGAAAGGGGCCCAGGGCACACAGGCUCGAGGUUCGGCGGUCAACGACCCAUCGCCCAAGUAA